ACUGUAUCCACCCACUACAAAGAUGGAGGACGAUAUCUCAGAUAUGAGCAGACCACAAAUGUACUUAUUUGGUUGCACCUUGAAAUCGGACAAACGGGAAUUCAAAGUUGACCUAGACGGCGAUGAAACGGAGCAGCAGCUGUCACUGAAAGCAGUGUGUCUGGGAGCUGAGGCUGAAGAUAAGUUCCACAUGGUGGAAGUUGAAGGCCUCACUUACGACGGGAAGACGACAAAAGUGCCGCUAGCUGUCCUUAAACCUUCCGUCCUGCCCUCUAUGAGUUUAGGUGGAUUUGAGAUUACACCUCCAGUUACCUUCCGUCUCCAGUCUGGUUCUGGACCAGUUUACAUAAGCGGGCAACAUUUUAUUAGUGUGAAGGAGUCUGAUGACGAAGAGGAGGAGAACAAUUCGUCGCCGGUAAAGCGGCCUGCAAAUCUGCUGGCAGGGAAGAAACCCCCAAUGAAAAAGCUGAAGAUGGAUUCUGAUGAUGGUGACGAUGAUGAUGAUGAUGAAGAAGACAGUGAUGAAGAUGAUGAUGACGAUGAUGACAGUGAUGAAAAUGAUGUGAAGCCACAGAAGAAUGUGGGAAAAGUGCUUACAAAGAUCCCGGAGUCCUCACCUAAGAAGCCCAACAAGACUCCAGUAAAACAAAAUGGCCCUGCAGGAAAAGCCUCAGGAUCAGCUGUCAAACCACAGAUUAAGACACCUGCCCUGGGAAAAGACAAACAACAGCCCGGCCCAUCUAAAUCUCUGCCUGAGAUUAAGAGCAAGUUGUCAACUGCAGCCAAGGAGGGAAAGCCACUUCCAAAGACAGAGCCGAAGUUUGAGAAUUACUUGAGAAGUGCUUUUAAAAUCUCAGACAAACAAGUGGUCAAGGGUCUUUGGAGUUUUGUGCAAACACUGAAGACUGAGAAGAAGUAACAUACACAUACAUUAAAGCAUUUGUACAUUUGCAUCCUAUAAGGCAUUUAAAGGCACAGUCGGCUAGAUUUCCUAAUCGGUCUCCUUCUUUCAGCCCUGGGAAGGACUAUGAUCAGAUGAAAAUGGACUGAGUGCUGAAAUAUGGUAGAGCCAUCAAUGCAUAGAUUUAGGUGUCAAUGUUUUUCUUCUUCGUUUUUUCCUAGACUGAAAGGACCAACUAUUGAGUUGGUUCUUUCACAGACUCGAUUCAUGUUUAGCAGACUGUAGAUUUGCUGCAAGGGGAAGCUGCGUGCAUCACAAUGGGCGGGGUCUGUGUUGCUACUACAGGAAAGGAAAAGUUUCUAAAAUUUAUACUACCUGCAGAUUUAUGUAGCUCCUGUGUAUCACUGAAUAUGAUCAUUAUUAGUUAACAAUAAAUCUUGUACUUGAAGUAUUCAAAACCAAAACCAGGCCAAACUUAGAACCUAACCUAGUUAGUAGUUGCUAGUUCUUUCGUACGCCCUGUUGGCAAAACAGUAUUAUUUUUAUACCAGCAGAAGGACUCACUAACACAAAUGUGCUUGACAAAAAGUAAACAAAAUUUUGAAACUGUUGAAACGCUGCCUGCAGGUGGUGUAAGUGUUACAAUACAGAAGCUAUUCCUUUCCUUGCCUGUAGGUGGUGAUAUCCUCAUUGAACGUCCCACUUUCUUCAAAUACUGAAGAAGAUGCAGGUCACAUUGAAACAGCAUCUGGGUGGAAAUAUAUGAAAUUGGUUGAUUAGCAUCUGUUUAUCAUAUUCAGUCAUUAUUGCAAGAGGAGGUUAUGCAGAAUGUGCCUUUAAAUACAGUCCUGAUCAAAUGUUUAAGACCACCUGAAAAAUGGCCAAAAAUCAUACUUUGCCUGGUUGGAUCUUAACAAGGUUCCAAG